GUUUUUGUCUCCCUUUCCCAGACCCAGGAGGACAGGGACUGCUCCACACCCCGGCACAGCGCAGAGCAGAGUGAGCACACACAGUGAAGUGAGUGGAGUGAAUAAGCGCCCGUGCCUCCUCUUCCUCACCUCCCCCACUGGGACCAUGUGGGUUCAGACCCUCGCCAUCUUGAGCCCGAGCUUAAUGACCCCGGAGCCACCUCCACAGCCAGGCCAGGCCACUGUGCAGAAAUGCGCUUUCCUCCUGGUGCUCAAAAGCAAAUGCGUUCAGUACUGCUCAUUCCCCACAUGAUGGACGUUUGGCUGGUGUUCAAAGGUCUUUAUUCUUAGCCGUAUAAAGACCUACCCACUUUUCCAUGUUACAUCCCACACCUCCCCGGAUCCUCCCGCCACCUUCAAGCCCCUCUGUCCGGAGCCUCCUCUGCUUCCUUGCCUCCUCCUGUGUCUCCUGCUGUGUCACUUGCUUGGAUGCCCGGCUUUCCUAUACUUACUCACAUGCUACCAUCUUUAAAGAUUUCACACAUCGGCAAACUGAGAGAUUUUCUUCUGGAACACAGGAAAGACUACAUCAAUGCUCACAGCCAUAUCCUGUCUGAAUAUGGGAGGAUGACAGACGCAGAGCGAGACCAGAUAGACCAGGACGCACAGACGUUCAUGAGGACCUGCUCAGAAGCAAUUCAGCAGCUGAGGAAUCAAGCCCACAAGGAGACACACUCCCAGCAAGUGAGGGAGCACAGGAGCGCCAUCCUGGACUUCACCCAGGACUACCUGAGAAGAGUUUGCAAACUGUACUCAGAACAAAGAGCCAUCCGUGUGAAACGAGUGGUGGACAAGAAGAGGCUAGCCAAGCUGGAGCCAGAAGCAACCGCAAAGACAAGGGAACCCCGUUCUUCUGAGGAAGUUUCCCUGGACCCUUCGCAGGACCCUGGAGAGAAGCCGGUCGCCGAGGAACAUUCAGAAAAGAUUCCAGCUGAAGCGCAGCCCGAGUUGGGAAGCUGGGGAGAUGGCAAAGGCGAAGACGAGCUAUCCCCAGAGGAGAUACAGAUGUUUGAACAAGAAAAUCAGCGCCUCAUCGGUGAGAUGAACAGCCUGUUCGACGAAGUGAGGCAAAUUGAAGGGAAAGUGGUUGAAAUUUCCAGACUCCAGGAGAUCUUCACAGAGAAGGUUUUACAGCAGGAAGCAGAGAUUGACAGCAUCCACCAGCUGGUCGUGGGCGCCACUGAAAACAUCAAGGAGGGCAACGAGGACAUCAGAGAGGCCAUCAAGAACAACGCGGGCUUCCGCGUAUGGGUGCUCUUCUUCCUGGUGAUGUGCUCCUUCUCCCUGCUCUUCCUCGACUGGUACGACGGCUAGUCCGCUCCGGGGCGCCGGCCCGGCCUCCGCGGCCUGUGCUGGGUCCUGGCCAGGUCUGUUUUUGCGGCGCUGAGACACACGCUCCACGAAAGGGACACAAACCAGCCUGGAGCUUUAAGCCCAUUGAGUAGCUGAACGAGAACAAUGAACAAGGGCAGAUGGGGAAAUGGGAGGGUGUUACCCUGUCUAGCGGGAGGCAGCUGUGGAGGGGCUGCGCCCGGAGGGCACCGCAGGUCUCGCUCCACCGGCAUCUCGGGGCUCAGAGGAGGCGCGGCCUGACUUCCUGCCGCUGGGGCCCAGGGAGCUUCUGUUCGGAGAAGGGACGGGCCCCAGAGCUCGGGCCUGCUGCUCUCGCUGUGCACCGCCGCCCUCGGAGACGUGUGGGACCGUCCGUAAUGGCAGCGCGGGCUGGAGCCGCCUCUGCACACAGCGUCCUGGGCCUGGGCCUGCGAAAUGCGUGCUGUGCAGACAGUCUGCUGGGCAGUCUCGGGGACCCCCGUGUUCUCUGUGUAAAUGAACGACAACCAAUAAAGUCCGUCUGCUCGAAACUGCAA